CUGUACCUUUGCGCUCUCCCCCUGUACCCAUGUCUCCGACGGGCGACGGCAGCUCAAAACAUAGAGAAGACGCUGAAGACCCAUGUGAUCGGACAGGAAGAAGCGGUGAAGGCAGUGAGCCGGGCCGUGCACCGCGCUUCAGCAGGGGUGAUAGACCCGAACCGACCAGUGGCGAGCUUCCUCUUCAGCGGCCCAACCGGCGUUGGCAAAACAGAGCUCGCCUGCGCGCUGGCAAUCGAGUUCUUCGGGUCGAAAGAAUCCUUGAUUCGGCUGGACAUGAGCGAGUACAUGGAGCGGCACAGCGUGGCGAGGCUCUUCGGCUCCCCGCCAGGCUACGUCGGCAACCAAAACGGCGGCCAAUUGACGGAGGCAAUCCGCAAGAACCGCCGCUCCGUCGUCCUUUUGGACGAAAUCGCAAAGGCCCAUCUGCAACGCCCCCCUCCAAGGAGCCGUGAUUGGAGGGAUCCCAGGAGCGGCACCGAAGGCAAGGGUUACGGAGGAGAGCUUCAGACCGGAGUUUUUGAACAGAAUCGACGAGAUUGUGGUUUUCAGGGCCCUGGAGUGGAGGCAGAGCAGAUCCAUUGGCGGAUGCAAUUUUGGACGGGAGGGUUGCAAAAGGCGGCUGCAUUGCUCUGUCCGCCGAGCGCCGACGGCCGCCACAUCGUCUCCAAGCAGGCGACCACCGCCGCUCCGUUGACGGGGUGCCGUCGUCUUGCGUGA